CAUGUCUCUUGGUCGUACUCUUAAACUCAACACUGGCGCUACAAUUCCUGCCUUAGGCCUCGGAACCUGGCAAGCAAAGCCUAACGAAGUGUACCAUGCCGUUAUCGCUGCUCUUGAAGCUGGCUACAGACACAUUGAUGCUGCCUUCAUCUAUGGUAACGAAAAGGAAGUUGGACAAGCCAUCAAGGAUAGCAAAGUUCCUCGUGAAGAAAUCUUUGUUACUACCAAGCUUUGGAACACCAGCCAUCGCCCUGAAGAUGUUGAAAAGGCACUUCAAGUCUCCCUUGAGAAUCUUCAAUUGGAUUAUCUCGAUCUCUAUUUGAUGCACUGGCCUGUUGCAUUCAAGCCUGGAAAAGAAAAUGUUCCCAAGGAUGCUGACGGCAAUAUCCAAUUUGACGAUGUAGACUUUACUGAAACCUAUGCUGCUAUGGAAAAACUCGUGGGCGAUCGCGUCCGCGCUAUUGGUGUCAGUAACUUCAAUAUCGCCAAACUCGAAAAACUAGCCAAGACACAGAAGAUUGUACCUGCUGUUAACCAAAUUGAAUUGCAUCCUUUCUUACCCCAAGAUGAAUUGGUCAAAUACUGUCAUGACCACGGUAUUGUUGUUACUGCCUACUCUCCUCUUGGUAGCACAGGCUCACCUUUCUUGAAAGACGAGAAAAUUGCCAAGAUUGCAGAGAAAUAUAAUGCCACACCUGCACAAGUUCUUAUCUCUUGGGGUAUUCAACGUGGCUACUCCGUUAUUCCAAAGUCAGUCAAUCCCGAUCGUAUCGCAUCCAAUUUCAAGGAUCUCGAAUUGAAACAAGAAGACUUUGAUGAAUUAAACACGCUUGUUCACCAACAAAAGGCCAACAGACUGAUUGAUCCCUAUAACUUCUGGGGCGUCGAUGUCUUUGAAGAACACUAGAUACAUGUUAAUAAAAACUCCUUUUUUAUUUACUGUUCUCUAAAGCGUGUGACUUUACCAAACAAAUCUAUACCAGUGAAUUGUAAUUAUUGACCAAUUAUAAAUCACAGAACAGCGUAGUAGACUAGUACGACAUGUGAUUCCGUAAGGAUCGUCUGUGCAUUUACUGUAAAAUUGAGAACUAGGUUUCCUAGGUAACAAACAACCUGGGUAAUUAUAAUCUU